AUGUGGUGCCUGGUGAACCUUCCCAACGGGACGACGUCCGGUGUCCAGUGUGAUCCGAAGCGGAUCAGCCAGGAGUGUCUGGAGAAGGUGUGCGCCGAUCUGGGAAUUAUCUGCGAAACCGAUUAUUUCGGCCUGAUCCCGGUACGCGAUGGCGAUAGUGUGGCGGACGUAGACGAGGGUACGGCAAAGCAGUGGAUCAACCUCCGCAAUCCGCUCCAUCUCUAUACGAACGACCGGACCCAUCCGAUCGUGUUUUCGCUGCGCGUUAAAUUCUGGGUACCGGCACACCUGAUACUGCAGGGUAGCGUACGUACGCUGUUCUUUAUGCAGGCACGCCAGGAACUGUUCGAUGGCCAUUUACGCCCAUCGAGCUGGGCUAAUGCAGCCUAUCUGGCUGCGCUUCUCUUGCAAGCGGACGGCUACAAGUACGAUCCGGCCAAAGUUCCCAGUGUGAGCGAAACGCCGAUCGUAGCGUCGGGAUCUAGUUCGGUAACUUCAUCUCCGGAACGACGGCCAGCCCAAGGGCUGCGACGUCCAUCGAAACGCAAAUGUUCUGAAAUUGAAUGUAAACGAGGCAGCGUUAGUUCGCAGAGCAGUGGUAGCUCUGGGAUGACGGGCGUACCGUUGGAUGAAAGUGUCCAACUGGCGGCAGGUCAAGUCACCGGAUCCCAGUCGCUGGGUGAUGGAUCUACCAGCGCGCCAAAGAAUAUCUAUCACCGUUACGGUGCACUUCGACCUGCAUUUGAAGAUGUCGAUGGAGAGGAAAGGACAACGGAGGUUCUACAACCCGCCAACUAUUACCAGCUGAUUGCUCAGGAGCAUGAAAAAUUGUCGCGAAUUCGGAUGACACCGACGUCGGCUCAGUACUGGCUGCUGGAGGAGAUCUGCAGCCUGGUUGGGUACGGGGAGGAGAUCUUCGAGGGUGUAACAAUAGCCGAACCGGCGGUAGUGUGCAAAAUCGGCGUUAGUCCUCACGGGCUUACGAUUGUUAAGGACGACGAAAAGUAUAGCGUUCCAUUCACCGCGGUAAAAGCGGCCAAAUCGAUUAAGCGUUCCUUCCGGCUGACGUACAUGAACGAAAAUCAUGAGGAAACGCACGUGGAGCUGAAGCUACCGUACCACCGGACCGCUGCCUCACUCUACCGGGCAAUCACGGAAAAGCACGUCUUCUACUCGUGCGAAACGGUGCGUCCGAUCGUAACGACACAGUUCAUACGCGAUCUCAAGGGUACGAUCGUGUCGAUGUUCAACGAGGACACCGAGCUCGGUAAACGGUACGUCUUUGACAUUCAGCGCACCUGCCGGGAGGUGUACGAUGCGGCACGGCGAACACUACACGCCCGUGGCAUCGAGAUUGCACCCAGUGCGGAUGAGCAUGCGGAAACGCCGGCAGCAGCGCUCGGUCGGCUGGAGGAAAGUCUCCGGAUGCGGCAGGAAGAAUCGGGCCAACUGGAGAAGCUGCUGGACGAGCGGAUACGGGAAGCGAUCACCUGCCCGAUCUGUGCGGAUGGUGAGAUCGAUACAACCUUCCUGCCGUGCGGUCACAUGACUGCCUGCAGAGCCUGUGCCGUACAAUGUGACCGCUGUCCAUUGUGCCGUGCCAACAUCGAAACUACCAGUAAAAUCUUUCUGCCUCCCUUGCUGCAGACACGCAAGGGUGCUGCAGGUUUGAAUGAGAGCCGACGGUCGUUGGAAAUUGAGACGGCAGCUGCAAAGGCUGCUAUCGCACCAUUGGUACAAUAGUUCUGGAUGAAUCUGUGCAU